AUGGGAAGAAAUGAGAUAGAGUCCCACGGGUUGACCUAUGAUGUUUUCAUCAGUUUUAGGGGGGAAGAUACAAGGCACAAAUUUAUAGGACAUCUUCGUAAGGAGUUGUUCAGGAGGGGGAUAAACGCUUUCCUUGAUGAUAAGCACCUGGAGUUAGGUCUAGAACUUUUACCUGCUCUAUCCAAGGCCAUUCAAGAAUCUAGGAUUUUCAUCCUGGUCUUUUCUCCCAACUAUGCUUCUUCCACAUGGUGCCUCGAUGAACUUCGUAGGAUCCUACAACUCUCCAAAACCAGGGGCAACAAAAACCUUGUCUUCCCAAUAUUUUACCAUGUGGAUCCCUUAGAUGUGCAGCAUCAGAGAAAUAGUUACAAGGAGCACAUGAUGGAACACGAGCAAAGGUUUGGGACAGAGUCCCAGAAAGUUCGGGAUUGGAGAUCAGCAUUGUCUGAAGUAUGCAACUUGGUACGAGACCCAAAAAUAGAAGAAGGGUCUGAAAUCGAUUUGAUUGAAAAUAUUGUUAAGAAAGUCUAUGAAAAUAUAACUCUGGAACCUUUAGAUAUUGGUCGCAAAACGGUUGGACUUGGGCCCCGCAUAGAAGAGUUGAAGUCACUUAUAGACAUGAAUCUUGAUGAUAAUUCUGUACGCAUGUUGGGCGUUCAUGGAUUUGGUGGAGUUGGAAAAACAGAACUUGCAAAAGCAUUGUAUGACGAGAUUGUGCAAAACUUUGAUGCUGCUUGUUUUUUAGCUGAUGUUAGAGAGAAAUCAAACAAAAUCAAUGGCUUAGAAGAUCUACAAAAGACACUUUUAUCAGAGUUGUUCAAGGAGACAAAAAUUGAAUUGGGCAGUACAAGUGAAGGAAUUUAUGAAAUAAAACAUAGGCUUCGUCGAGUGAAAGUUCUCUUGGUGUUCCUGGACAUAGCUUGUUUCUUCAAAGGGGAGAAAAAAGAAUAUGUUAAAAGGAUACUUGAGGAAUUUGGUUCGACAUCCAGUAUUAAUGUAUUGUGUGAUAAAUCUCUCCUAACUAUUGAGGAUGAUUGCUUGAAGAUGCAUGAUCUAAUACAGGAUAUGGGUAGAGAAAUUGUAAGGCAGGAGGCACCAAAUUAUCCUGGUAAACGUAGCAGAUUGUGGGAUUGUGAAGAUGUUAGAGAAAUUCUAACUGAAGAUUCUGGGAGUAAAAAGAUUCAAGGAAUAAUGUUUGAUCCUCCCCAGAGAGAAGAUGUAAAUUGGAGCGGUAAUGCCUUUGAGAAAAUGAAAUGGCUUCGAAUUCUCAUUAUUCGAAACACAACCUUUUCACCAAAGCCUGAGCAUUUGCCAAAUCAUUUGAGAGUGCUUGACUGGGAAGAGUACCCUUCAAAAUCUUUCCAGUCGAGAUUUCAUCCAAAGAAAAUCAUUGUUUUCAAUAUGCCUAGAAGCCAUCUAACUUUGGAAGGGCCAUUUAAGAAAUUUUCAUGCCUGACUAACAUGGAUUUCUCGUAUAACCAAUCUAUUACUGAAUUCCCUGACGUGUCUCAAGUUCAAAAUUUAAGAGAACUGAGACUUGAUCAUUGUAGAAACCUGAUUGCGAUUCAUUAUUCCAUUGGGUUUCUCAAAAGACUUGUUCAUUUAAGUGCUUCAGAAUGCUCCAAACUCAGUAAUUUCCCGCGAAGAAUGUUUUUACCAUCUCUGGAAGUCCUUGACCUUAAUUUAUGUGCAAGCAUUGAACACUUUCCAAAGAUAAUGCAAGAGAUGACUAAGCCAUUGAAGAUUUAUAUGAUAAAUACUGGUAUUCAAGAGCUUCCAGAAUCCAUCGGUAAUCUUAUUGGACUUGUUUAUAUAGACAUAUCAAAUAGCAGGAAACUUCAAUAUCUACCAAGUAGCUUAUUCAUGUUGCCAAAUGUUGUUUCCUUUAAAAUUGAAGGAUGUUCUCAGCUUCGAGAAUCCUUCGGAAGUUUCAUCCAAACCCUUUCAGAAGCCAACGUUUGUCCAGCAGUACGAGCUCUUAAUUUGGGAAAUGGUAACUUGUCAGAUAAAGAUCUAGAAAUUCUUCGUUACUUUCCAAAAUUAGAGGACUUGAUUGCAUCAGACAAUAAUUUUACAUGUCUCCCAACAUGCCUCGAGAAAUGUGUUGACUUGAUAAGUCUUGAUUUGAGCCAAUGCAGAAAGCUGAAAAAAAUUCCUAAAUGCACUAAAUUGAGAAUUCUUGAUGUCAACCGUUGUUACGAUCUUGAGGAAAUUUCAGAGUUACCAUCAACUAUUCAAAAAGUAGAUGCAAGAUAUUGCUACAGAUUAAGUGAAGGGACAUCAAACAUGUUAUGGUCUCAGGUGGGGAAAGGUAUCCAGAGAAUAGAAGUGGUGAUGCCCUUCAGAACGGAGUUUCCAGAAUGGUUUCACUUUGUGGGAAAUGGAGGGAAUCCUCAUUUCGAGGCUCGUCGCAAGUUCCCUAACAUUGCUCUGGCCAUGGUCUUCCACUUCCAAGAUGAGAGUGAAAGGGACAAAUUUGCUCGCCAUCGACUUGUUGACCUACAGUUACAUAUCAACGGUCGAUUUGUUACUCGCAAAGGGUAUCACAACUUCAGAAUUGAAGCAGAACAUGUUUUAAUCUGUGAUCUACGAGUUUUGUUCAGUGACAAGGAGUGGCUUGGGCUUGAUGCGCUUCUAGAGCAGGAGUGGAAUCUGGUGCAGGUUUCAUAUCAAGCCACCUCCUCCUUGAGGCUUUGUCGUUGGGGAGUUUUUGUCUACGAAGAAGGAACCAACAUGGAAGAUGUCCAAUUCAAUUGUCCCGAUCCCAAGUAUUCAGAAGAGAUGUCACUGCCAAUAGUUCCUGUGAAAGAUCCUAUGGAGAAAUAUAUAAUGAUGAUAGGGAAUCUAGGUCUUGAUGAAUCAUUUAAGAGGACGUUGAAGGAAUGGCUGGACAACAAAGAAAAAGGGGGUUUUGAAGACGAGAAUAUGCCUAUUGUAUUGGGAGAACUCAAGAAGCUAUCAGAGGAUGCUGAGGAUGCAUUGAAUUCUAAAGGGUCAGCUUUAGGAGAUCCAAAAUCCUCCCUGAGGUGGCUUUUAGAUAAAAUAAAAGAUGAUGAUGGAAAGCCUAAUGUGUUUUUCAAAGGGGAUCUGGCAUUGAUUCGACUAAAGGAUCCGGUGACACUGAAGAAGGAUAAUGUAGGGGAAGCUUCAACCUCUGGCCAUCAGGGAAGUAAUUCAGAGAAGGAGCAAGACUACGAUCCUCUGCUGGAAAAAAUAAUGUUCGGAUAUUUCUAUGAUGGAAUGACGGAUGGACUUCUUGAGGCAAAGAAUAGUUUUCCUUCUCUAGAAAUUGUUGAAACCAUGAAUGCUGCCUUGAACAAGGGUAAUAGGAUUAUAUUGUCACCUGAAGGGGAAGAGAAAAUACCCUCGGUUGAAAAUAGGACAUACACGAGUGGAAUUUUCGGUGGACUCAUGGAAGCAAAGUUGAGAUUUCCUAGUUUGGACAUAUGGGCAACACUAAAUACCGUGGCAAGUAGGAGAGACAUUCAUAUAAAUUUGGUUGUUCCACAUAUUGAUUGGACUAAUGUGAUACCACCUGAUCCUUUGUCCCUGGUCAUGAAGCGACAGUGUUCAGAAUCUGAGACCGAGAGUAGACACUUAAAGAAACUGAAGGAGGAACAUGAAGCUCUUCGCAUGAGGUUUGUACAACUUGAGGAUGAAAAGGCAAAUGCUGCUUCGGACAAUGGUGAUUCAGAAACAUGGAAAGAUCGAUAUGAUGAAUUGAUUCAGAGACUCAACUCUCAAUCUGAUGAGUUUGUUUCAAAGAAGCUUGAUUGUAGCGACGACUUAGAAUCUCCUUCAACAAGCACAGAGAAGCAUAGAGACAAUGGCUGCAAGUGUGUGACAAAGUAUGAGAAGAUGAGUGGUGCUCUGAAAGGGCGAGCUGAAGAGUUGCGGAGGCUAUACGAUGCUGGGAUCGAAGGCUUCCAGAACUCUGAGGAGUUUCAAGAUCUGGUGAGUGCAGUAUACAUGAAUGGACUUGGAGAUGGAGUCCUUGAAGCACAGGCCAUCUCAAUUGCUCUACGUCGGAAAAUGCUUUAG